AUGUCACAAUUAUAUUCAAAUCGUCAAUUAAUAUUUUCUGAUGAUAAUAAUGAUAAAGAAUCAAUUUCCGUUAUUAUAUUAGAGACAUUUGAUACAUCUUCAUCAUAUGGCCUUUAUCUAUGGCCAUGUUCACCUAUACUCGCUCAAUUUAUAUGGUACAAUCGAAAUGAUUUUAUCGGUAAAAAUAUCUUAGAGAUUGGUGCAGGAACAUCAUUACCUGGCUUAGUUGCAGCUAAAAUUGGUGCUCAAAAUGUUGUAUUAUGUGAUAAUCCAAAAAUAGAUCAAUGGUUAUCAUUAAUAAAUGAAACACUAAAAAUGAAUAGUAUGAUAGCUGAUCGUAUUCGUAUUGAAUCGUUGAAUUGGUAUGAUGAAAAAAGUAUUGAUACACUUAUUAAAAAAUAUUUUCCUUCCAAUAUUGAUAUUAUAAUUGGUUCAGAUAUUUUCUUUCAUAAAAAAGAUUUUGAAACAAUUAUUGCAUUACUUGAUAAAUUAUUUCUUAAUGAAAAUGCAUCUAUAAAAUUUAUUGGUACUAUAGAACGACGAAGUCGAAGUACAAUGUUAAAACUGAAUCAUCUUAUCGGUAUAUGGAAUAUGAAAUUGGAAAUAAUCCCACUUAGCUAUUUCAAUGGCGAAACAAUUUAUCCAAAUAUUGUAGCCGGACAUGACAUUCUUCUUUUUUUUAUUAUGAAAGAUAACAUAAAAGAAUGA